GAAAGUUAGAAGCGAAUGUGUGUAUUCAAACAAAGGGAAUCAUCUUUCUAUGUUAACGCUAAAACCAAUUAAACAAAUUUAUGAUCUAUUGCUGGAUAAAAACGAAAAAUUUACACACUAUUUUGUCAGGUAGUAAAUAACAGAGCAAAUACAUAGUUUUAUUUCAUUACUAGAUCUUGAAAAAGCCACAUACCAUGUAUAUAUACGAGUAUAUAAAGAAAAUUAUGGGCCCUUAAAUGGUAGUGGGCCUAGCCUAUUUGCACCCCAUAAGCCUCCUGAUACCCGGCCUUGCCGGUAUUUUAAUCAUACCCGUAAUUGUCACUGACCACGUUAAAGAGGAUCAACUGAAUGAUUUGGAUAUUGUUGUUGGUAUAGAAAUGGGAAGCCAAUUCAGAAUGGAAUCCGUGAUCUAUAUGUCGUCGUGUGCUGCGACUAUAUUUAUUAGCUCACUCGUGAUGGUUGGGAUUUUGUUAAUGACUCUGCUAACUGCAUUGACUGUAAUGUUACAAUCAUGUCAAAGUAGAGAAGCUGGAGUAGUUGAAUCCUUUCAAUCUGAUCAUCAUCUUUAUGAGUAUUGCAAAAUGGCUGCUUUAAAUGCCGAGAUUAAUGGCUUCAGAUAUUAUUCUUUGCCUCAAGUAUGUAAGGAUGUUGCCGUUAAGUAUAUCAAAGAAGGUCAUUACAUGAGAGAGUUGAACAAUUCGGUGUCCUUAGUGGCAGAUUACUUCAACGGGGUUACACUAGAUAAUGGUGGUCAUGAUGUAGUACUAUUUGACAUUGAUGAUAUCUUAUCUACCGACGCUUUGUGUGCUAACCCAUUGGCAUACAGAUACAGUCGGUAUGGUUGUGAUGAUUGGGUUAGAGAGGCAAGACUUAUGAAACAUUUUGUCUUGAUUGAGUUGUACAUAAAACUUCAAUCCGGUGGAUGGCCAUUGAUUUUGUUAUCAAGAAAGCCUGAAAAGCUACGAGACACCACCGUUGAGGGGCUUACAUCAGCCGGAUGUUCUGGUUGGUCAAAAUUAAUCUUAAGAUCAGACGAAGAGAUGAAAAUGGACACGCGUGAUUACUUUUCCAAACAAAUAAAGGGCAUUCAAUCCGAUGGUUACCACAUCAGGGCAGUGAUUAGCAGCUACAUGGAUGCAUUGCUAGGUGAAUCUGUCAGAACACAACACUUCAAGCUUUCAAACCACCUUCCUGUUGAUCAUACUCAGAGAUUUAUGCCGAAUGUACAGAACUAGCAUUUUAAUAUUUGGUGUACCAUUAAAGAGACAGGAAGGUGAGUAAACCAGAAGCGGAAAAUUUUGUUGCAGUUGAUUGAUAUAUGUCUGGUGAUUAUUUGUGCUACAAGUUCCUAUAGUAUUAUUGUAAAUAGCUUCUUGAGUAUAUUUUUUGGAGCACAAGUUUGGGAAUUGGAAAGCUUUGUUUUUUUUUUUU